AUGUGACUGCCAAUUGUGCUAUACAUGUAUGCAAGGACAGAAACAUACAUCAAGUCUUUAAAAUGAUAGCCUACGAGACAACCACUUCAAAAGUGUCAUCCUAAAAACAGAGCCAAUGUAUCGGUCUAAUGUAUCAGUCAAUCAACGUCCAUCCUUCGAAAAUAGAAAAACAUGGUCACGUGAUACCUUGCCCCAUCUAGGUACUUGUGGUGCUUUCACGACAACUGGGAACUGUGGCCUUCAGGUCGGAAAUAUACAAAUAUGCCCGAGUUUCCGGCUUGGAAUUCCGUGUUGGAAGAUCAUUAAAAAUAUUCUGCCCAGUCAGAGUUAGUUUUUUCCUAGUUGUCUUAAAUGCACUGUAGUAGGAAGUGGAGAUUUCCGAGUUCCCAGUUGGUUUGAAUGUGGCAUUGGUAGAGACGAACUUCAUGGGAUUAUCGAGCUAACGUGCACACUAAACCAGCAAACGUUACAAGUGGAGCCGAAAGAUAAUACCGAUGUCAAAUGGAAGAUACUCUGGAUCAAUUUCUAAUGGCGUAGACUGAGAAUAAAUAUAACUGUUCCAGUGGCUAUGACACAAGGAGUGUCAGAGGUGAACUCCCAGUUUCCUGUUCAAACCCAGCCCCAUGGAACACACUGUCACUGCCAUUCACUGCUCAGAUGAGAGCCUCAGGACCAGCAUAAAGAUUCCCUGAAUUGGGAAGUUUGAACUACCACGUCCUACAACAGUACCUGGGACAGUAUGGAUUCUCUCCUGAGCUACAGAGGAGGACUAAGCAGUGCUCCCACACACCCCCUCCCACCUGGGCACUACGCCAUGUCUCCUCUCUCUGCUCUGGGUGUUUUCUGUGGAUUGUUCCUUCCUCUGUCUCUCAGUGAAUACAACACUCACAACUGUAUCCCACGAAAGAGUGUCCUUUACCAGGACAAUAUGAAGCUGUUCAGAGAGGAAGGGAUUUGUAACUACUCCACCAUGUUGGUUCGAGAGGAUUUGGGCCUGCUGCUGCUCGGGGCUCGAGAGGCUAUCUAUGCCCUGGACAUCAAUGAUAUUUCCAUCAAGAAGUCAUGGGUAUACUGGCGGGUCACCAAGGAGAAACAGAUGGAGUGCACAUACAAAGGGAAACAUGCUGAAAUCGAAUGCCGUAACUACAUCCGGACGCUGCAUAAAGUGGAUGAUGGCAGAAUGUAUGUGUGCGGGACAAAUGCUUUCAGCCCCACCUGUGAUUACAUGACGUAUUCUGAAGGACAGCUGAGACUAGAGGAAACGCAGGAGGAGGGAAAAGGGAAAUGCCCCUUUGACCCCUUCCAGAGAUACUCAUCCAUCAUGGUCGGAAAUGACCUGUACUCUGCUACCUCAAUCAACUUCCUGGGCUCUGAGCCUGUUGUUCUCCGCAGCUCUUCCUCUGCUCUCCGCACCGAGUUCAAGAGCUCCUGGCUCAACGAACCCAACUUUGUGUACAUGGACCUUGUCCCCGAGAGCAAUAACAACCCAGAGGGCGAUGAUGAUAAGGUCUACCUGUUCUUCAGCGAGAACGCCAUGGAGUAUGACUUCUACAACAAGCUCAUGGUGUCACGAGUGGCUCGUGUAUGCAAGGGGGAUAUGGGCGGCCAGCGGACGCUCCAGAGGAAGUGGACGUCGUUCCUGAAGGCUCGUCUGGACUGCUCUCUGCCAGAGUCCAGCCUGCCCUCCAUUGUACAGGAUGUCUUCCUACUCAAAAAUGAUGACUGGAGCAAAAGUGUUUUCUACGCAGUGUUCACUCCCCAGUCGAGCUUGUCCGACAUGUCUGCAGUGUGUGCGUACAGUGUGUCAGCUAUCGGAGACGUGUUCAAUAAGGGGAAGUUUAAGACACCAGUGACUGUGGAGAUGUCCCAUGUGAAGUGGGUAAUGUACAGUGGAGAGGUGCCCACCCCCAGACCUGGAGCCUGCAUUAACAGUGCAGCACGGGCCCUUGGGAUGGAGCGCUCCCUGGACCUGCCAGACAAGACCCUGCAGUUCAUCAGGGACCGGCCCCUCAUGGACGAGGCCGUGCGCCCUCUGACCGGGGGUCCGCUGCUGGUCAAAAAAGGUGCCAUGUUCACGCGCCUGGUGGUGGACAACGUGCUAGCUCUGGCUGGAGAGAGAUACGCAGUCAUGUUCAUCGGCACAGAGAACGGCUAUGUGCAGAAGGCAGUGAACUAUGCUGGGGAGAUGUUCAUCAUUGAGGAAAUACAGCUGUACCAGACCCCAGAGGCUAUCAGGACGCUACGCCUCUCUUCCAGCACGGGUCAGUUGUAUGUAGGCUCAGAUUUUGGAGCAGUGCAGAUGCCUCUGAGUGACUGUGGCCGCUAUGAGUUGUGUCUGGACUGUGUCUUGGGCAGAGACCCUUACUGUGGAUGGGACCUCUCCACUGGCAUCUGCUCUGCUGUGGCCAGUUCAUCCUCUGACACGAACAUGAUUCAAAGUCUAAAAGAUGGUGAUAUAUCAAAAUGUCCAAAAUCAGAGACUGUGAAGCCAGAGAACUACACCUUAGUCCCUGGGAACAACAUCAAGCUGCCGUGCCAUCCUGCCUCCAACCUGGCUCAGGUACACUGGCUCUUCUUAGGGCAACAGCUGCAUGCUGACGCUAAGUAUUACAUCUACAACGGAGGAAUCCUUAUUCUUAAUGCCUCUGCCUCCGACGCGGGCCAGUACACCUGUGAGUCUGUAGAGCAGGUGAAAAGCAGACCACACACCAGGACUAUGGCAGUCUAUCAACUGCGGCCCCACACUAAUGCAGAGGGUGAGGAGGAGUCAUUGACGACGACACAGUCCCCCCAUAGCCACAAUACCCCACUACCAGAGGUGCCACAGACUUUGGAGCCCCCGCUCCCUCCUGAGUCAUGGAGUAUAGACAGCAGGGUGGUAGGCCUGCAGGUGGCGGUAGCGCUCCUCUCUCUGAUGCUGCUUGGUCUAGUAGCCUGGAAUCUAUAUAAAAGGAGCUUUAGAAACAGAUCUUCAGGGAACUCUGGUGUGGGCCAGGUGAAAAGGCUGUCAGUUGACUACAUUCAAAAUAGGACUUCAGUGAUUAAGUUGCUGGGACCUACACCCAGUCAUAACUCAAACAAUAACCAUCACGCGGUCAUAGCUUUCAAAGGGAAUGGGGAGCACCACUUUUCCCUGGGAGGCAAUAUUUCCACUAUGGAUGGGUUGGGUUACAUUGACAACGAGUCAGAGAUCUGACCCUGAGUGUUAACCACUCUCUGGGGUUUGCUCUCUUUCUCUCACCAGGCAGCUGAUUUAGGACACUAUGGCAAUGUCAAGCUCUGUACAUUGGACUUGCGAUAGAGGGGAAUGUUUCUAGGAAUUGUCCAGAAAAACAUUUUCCCACCAGGUUGAAUUUAUUUUAUAUAGUCAUGCCAUAAUGCAAAUAUACAGUGAGCUCCAAAAGUAUCCAGUAGAAAUGAAUGGUAAAUAAUGCAUUGUUGUGAGUCACUUAUUGUAAAUAUGAAUAGAAUGUUUCUAAAAAUGUUAGUGUGGAUACAGAUAGUCCUGAAUGAAUUGUGAUUAAUUAGAAAGUUUCAGAUCAAAUAUCAUACCCACCUCUCACAAUUACAAUAACAGGGGAGGUUAGCAUGAUAUUUGUGCAUCUAACUUUCUCAUUCAUUAUUCACAAUUUCAUUCAGGACUAUCUGUAAUCAUGAUAGCAUCCACAUUAAUGGAGAAGUGUUUAGAAGCAUAGUCACUUUUAUUGUACUUUAAAAAAAAAAAUAAGAUGACAAAAUAUAUUAUUUACCAUUAAUUUCUAUUGGGCACAAAAUAA